AUGCCACAUCGUUCUCGUCUCCUGACGAGCCUUCAGAACACAAAGCUCGCUUCUAUAAGGUUUGAAAGCACGGAACGGCCACUGCAACACAGCCAUUCUUCGAGGUAUAUCAAAUGA